AUCAAACUAUAAACAUAUAGUUUUCUAAGCGGGCUUACGUGUAUCUUAAUUGAAUUUCAUCAAGACUAUGUUUGUUUACAACAAGGCUAUAGAUGACAUCUAUAUAAGUAGAUGAUAACCCUUGCAGAAGCAUCUGCCGCAGAUGGUAUAAAUACUUGCUCCCCAACACUCGUCCCGGAACAGUUAAUUGGGGAUCGUAACUGCCAGUAAGGUCAACAAACUGGGCGUGAAAGUAACUCUGCCAAUCAAUUGCAGCUCUCCGAAGAUACAUACACAACAGUUUGCACAAAAAUGUCAACCCAGCAACAGCAAUUGGAUUACAUCGAGAGAUACUUAGUGUACGACAUCUUCCAGUACUUCGGAAAGGAUGCCGUGCUGGAGUCGCACAGCGUGAAGUGCUCCACUGGACUGGAUGGCUUCAUGUCCGCCCUGUACACCGUCAAGCUGGAACUGUUGAUCGCGGAUCGCCGGAAAUCGGAGGUGGUGCUGGUUAAGUUCAUGAAGGGCGACGAGGCGUUCCGGAAGAGCAGCAACUCUUACAUUCAGUUUGCCAACGAGAUCUUUGGCUAUGCCGAGAUCCUGCCCGCCUACGAGCAUCUGCUGCGUGAAAGCCACCUCUCCAGCGAUGUGGUGACCAACUGGGUGCCGCGCUGCUACUUCGCCAAGUUCGGCCAGGUGGACAGACUCCCUACUGGUAAAGAAUCGGUGCUGGCUCUGAAACAUCUCAAGGGCGAUGGCUAUGAGCUGGGCCCACGACUUAUCCUGCGCCGGGACCAACUGGAGGCCAUGGUGCGCCUGAUUGGGCCCUUCCAUGCCAUGGGAUACGCCACCCGCAUCCUGCAGCCUAACGUGUACAACCGCCUGCGGCAGGGGAUUGUGCCCAUGCCGUUCGUGUCCCCCGAUGGAAAGGGAAUCUUCGAAAUCCUCUACCGCGUGGCUUUCGAUCGGUUCUUCGGGUUCUAUGACCGCCAGAAGGAGCAACUGCUGCAGGGCACGGAUCCAGGGUUUGCAGCUGCCAUCGAGCGUCUGCGGGAGAAGUACUUCGCUGAACCCACCCAGCUGCUGGAAAAGAUUCGCACCCAGUCGUAUGCCGAGGAUCAGCCGGAUAGCUAUUUCGCCACCAUCCUGCACGGCGACUACAACCGCAACAAUGUCUUGUUCCACUACGGUGAGGACGGCAAGGUGGACGACAUCAAGGCCAUUGAUUUCCAGGAGCUGCGCUACAGCACCACAACCAUCGACUUGAGCUUCUUCAUGUACAUGAACACCCCGUCGGCCGAGCGCGAGGAGAUCUACAGUGAUCUGCUGGUCAAGUAUCACAAAAGCAUGAUUGAGAUGCUGGAGCUGGUGUUGCAGCGCCACCAGGACGAGCUCACCGAGGCGAAGGUGCAGCAGUUGCUGGAGGACUAUAGUUUCGAGCGAUUCCAGGCCCACUUCAAGCGGUACGCCUUCUACGGCGUCCUCGUCUGUAUGCACUUCAUGCCGUGGUUGCUGGGCACCGAAGCUGAUUGCGCUGAGCUAUCCCGGCUCUUCGAUACCGACAUGCAUGGCGCCGCCUUCCGUCAGCUCUCCAUUGAUAUAGCCGGUGACGUGGCCAACGAGGAGAUAUUCAAAACGGUGCGACACGCCUAUGAACACGGCUACAUGGACGAGAUAUAAAUAAGUAAUCUCCCCCAAUCUUAUCACCCAAGGGGUACGUGGCUAACAAGCCACCUGUUUCACGCCUUUUUCUAAUCUAAAAAAAAAUGUAAUUUGCAUAUCUUGGCUUCAUGUUGACAUUUCUAAUUAGUUUAUAAUUCUAAAUUUUAGAGAAACAACACUGUGUGAUUUAUUAAAAAUAAUAUUUUCUUGCAAAUAUAUGUAUAAUCUAUA